CCGUGAGUCAGCUGACCAAGGAUCCACCAAUCAAAAGUCGCAUGUGGUUGUAAAUAGACGCUUGGACCGAGUUAUGUAAAAUGACAGAGUUCUGCACCCUGAGACUUUGAGAGAUGACGGUCGACUCGGGCACCGGCAACAUGAAUGGAGCAGUCAAAGCCAGCGUUAGGGGACAGGAGGGCCACGGAGGUCUGUGGGAAUCUGUAAAGAAAGCUGCCUUUAUCAUCGGAUCUGGACUCUUGCUCUUGGCGGCGUUCGGCAACUCGCUCACAUGGCAUCUUCAGAGAUUCUGGGGCGCUUCAGGAGACUUCUGGCAGAACCUGUGGACCAAAUUGUACUUGAAGUUUGAAGGCCAUGAUGCUGCUUUGUUCUUCUUGGGAACAAUGCUGCUGCCCACUCUGGCCUUCUGGGUGUCCAACGGCCUGCUGCUGUUGGUGGACAUGACAGGCAAGCCCUCCUUCAUCACUCGCUACCGCAUCCAGGUGGACAAGAACAACCCGGUGGACCCGGCCAAGUUGCGCCAUGCGUUGCAGACUGUCCUCUUCAACCAGGUCUUUAUCUCAGGCCCCAUGGUGGUUGGGAUUUACUACUUGAUGACCUGGAGAGGAAACCCCUGCGGCCCCGAGCUGCCCACCUUCCACUGGGGCCUGAUGGAGCUGGCCAUGUGCGGCAUCGUGGAGGAGAUCAUGUUUUACUACUCACACAGACUGUUCCACCAUCCUGCGCUCUACAAGCAUUUCCACAAACAGCACCAUGAAUGGACGGCCCCCAUCGGCGUGGUCUCCAUCUAUGCCCAUCCUCUGGAGCAUGUGCUGUCCAACAUGCUGCCCGCGGUGAUGGGGCCGGUGCUGCUGGGCUCCCACCUGGCCACCACCAGCCUGUGGUACUGUCUGGCUCUGGUCAGCACCACCGUCUCCCACUGUGGCUACCACCUGCCGCUCCUGCCCUCACCUGAGUUCCACGACUACCACCACCUCAAGUUCAACCAGUGUUACGGCGUCCUGGGCGUGCUGGACAGGCUGCACGGCACCGAUGCCAAGUUCAGGCAGACAAAGCAGUACCAACGCCACAUUAUGCUCACCAGUCUCACCCCGCUGAACGAGAGCAUCCCUGAAACACCCAAGAAGGUCCAGUGAUGACCUCUGACCUCUAACCUUUAACCUCCCCAAAGUCUGGGAUCAGCAGAACCACACAAGGGGAUCCCUGAUGGGAGAAGUUUACCUCCAGCAAAAUUACCAAUCAGUCUAAAAUGACAUCAGCAGAAUUUGAGUUUACAUGUCACUUUUCUCACCUGCCCAAACUAACUGAGGGAGCAAAUAGCAAGUUGUACCCUAAAUGAAGUGUGGGUGAGUGAAGGUCUGCCCAGUACCUAGGGAGGAUAGUGAUUCUGGGAUGCUGCAGUUUACAUUGCUGAUCCUUCAAUCAAGCAUCUGAGAUGGGAGCGACCAUAAUCCCUGUGGCAUAUCAGCUCUCACCCUUUCCACUUCCUCUCACAUCUGAGCUAAGUUUCUGUUUUGACUCACAACAAAUCCUGUGGUUUUAAAAAAAAUUAUUUUAAGACGUGCAAAUAUUGGUUUAAAUGUAAAUAUGUCAACAUGACUGACGCCCCUCCUCGAUCCUAAAGUUUGAGAAUCAUCGAGCCACAUUUCACAUCAGCAUCUUUUUAAAUGUCAAAGUAGCACGGGGAAAAUGUUGAUCAUCUUUCCUCGUUAUGGGAUUACACUAAUUUAAUAAUCACUGUAGUAGGAGUUAAGGACAAUAAACAAGGGGAAGGCGGUCACUUUAGAUGACUGAGACUCAUUAAUCAUCACUAUAUUUCCUUAGCUGAAAGGACAAUAGACUCAAUUAUAUUUUUAAUUGCUGUUUUAAAGGACACAACAUUUGGGAAAUUUCUUAACUUCAAGAUUAUAAAUAGAUGUUUUAAUGAGAAUGCUUAGUAAAAGCACUUUCUACACGCCAGUCCACCUACACAUCUUCCUCUUGUUUUUGGACUCUGCUGUAAUGGUCGUACACAGUGAGGUGCUGUGUAAGCUGUGCUGCGCAGACAGAAGGGAAAACUGACACGUCUUUUACACCAAACCAUGAUCUUGCUGCCCACUAACAGAAGAGAUAUCUGCACUUUUAUGAAUUUCCUUGGCACUUAGAAAACAGAAGCAUUUCCUGAAUGUCAAAUGUGUAUUAUGCCUAACAAGAAGCCUCAGCAAUGGAGGUGAAAAAAAAAAAUCUAUAUUUCUGUAUCUAUCUAUAUCUAUAUCUAUAUCUAUAUAUAUAUAUAUAUGUGAAGAGCAAAUGUUGGAAAAUAAGUGUUUUUAGAAUGUUUAAAGAAAAAAAAUGUAAUCAUGUCUCACUGUGACACAAUGUUUGAUGGCCCUUUGAAGGAGCCUGUCAGUUUGGAUGGUAGGACUGGGCACAGAUUUUUACACUAAUUUCUUAAACUGGACUGUUGAAUAUCAUUAAAAAAAUCUU